AAGGCGUACAUUUCCCACCUGAUAUCAACAUGGGAGGACGCGUAGUGCCCAUCGUGGUUCAGAAAGAAGGAUCUCGAGAGUUCGAACUCAACGAAGAGGCCCUCAUGAGCGUCUUACACAGACCUGAAGUGCGCGAUACUGCCCUCUGCGUGGUGUCUAUUGCAGGGGCCUUCAGGAAGGGCAAGAGCUUCUUCAUGAAUUGUCUCCUCAAAUACUGCAUGAAUAAAGGCUCACAAGACUGGCUGGGUGAGCAAUUGCAGCCAAUUGGAGGCUUCGUAUGGAGGGCAGGUAUGGAGAGAGUGACCACCGGAAUUUCUAUCUGGAGCGAGCCUUUCCUCUUCAUUAAAUCAACUGGCGAAAAAGUUGCUGUGAUCCUUAUGGACACCCAAGGCACUUUCGAUUUGGAAACGUCGGCACAGGAAUCCACGUUCAUAUUCGCCCUGACUCUGCUGGCCUCUUCUGUCACUGUCUACAACCUGAUGAACCAGAUUCAGGAGGACGACCUCAUGAACCUCCAAACUUUCAGCUCAUAUUGCGUCCUGGCUCAGGAAAAUAGUCAAGGCACGCGUUCAUUUCAGAAGCUGAUGUUCCUCGUGCGCGACUGGAGUCAUCCAACUGACCAUGCGUACGGUCACAAGGGAGGCCAAGUGGUGCUGGAAAAAGUGUUAAACGAAAUCGAUCGCAGCAUCAAGCCCUAUGUCAAGAGGGAUGAACGUAAACAGAGAGCGCGCACUUUAAGCAACGCGGCCUACAACAAGGCCCUGCAAAUGUAUGAGGAAGCUAUGGAUAAAGUGACGAGCUUCGAUCAAGAACCACUCGACGUUUCCUCCCUGAAUGAGAAACACUUAACAUCAAAAGACGAAGCCAUUGCAGCCUACCAGCGGGAACACCAAAACAGCGCGAGCAUCAAACUAAUUCCGGUUGUGAAUGAAAUGAAAGUUCAACUUGAGAGGACUAUCGACAAAAAGUACGCAAGCUACAGCGAACGUAAUGCGCGUAACUCAGACGCGCACUCAUGCAGCAAAGUGGCUCAAAGCCAAGCUCUGGCUUCUUACAAGGAGAAAAUGGACUCGAAAAUCCGUCCCAACAGCGACUACGUGGAUUCCGAUUCCCUGAAAAAUCAACACUUGACAGCGAAGAUACAAUCUUGCUCUCUUUAUGACGAAGGAAACAAAUACACCAUCGACAGAAAAGAGUUUCCUGUUGUCAAUAAACUCAGAGCUCAAUUCGAGAAAGGAAUUGAUCGCAGCUACAAGCCCUAUGUCGAGAUGGAUAAACGUAAACAGAGAGCGCGCACUUUAAGCAACGCGGCCUACAACAAGGCCCUGCAAAUGUAUGAGGAAGCUAUGGGUAAAGUGACGAGCUUCGAUCAAGAACCACUCGAUGUUUCCUCCCUGAAUGAGAAACACUUAACAUCAAAAGACGAAGCCAUUGCAGCCUACCAGCGGGAACACCAAAACAGCGAGAGCAGCAACCAAUUUCCUGUUGUGGAUGAAAUGAAAGUGCAACUUGAGAGGACAAUCGACAAAAAGUACGCAAGCUACAGCAAAAGUAAUGCGCGUAACUCAAACGCGCACUCAUGCAGCAAAGUGGCUCAAUCCGAAGCUCUGGCUUCUUACAAGGAAAUAAUGGACUCGAUAAUCCAUCCCAACAGCGACUACGUGGACUCCACAUUCCUGGAAAAUCAACACUUGGCAGCAAAGUCACAAGCUUGCGCUCUUUACGACUUAGAAAACAGAUUCAUCUUCAGCAGAGAAUUGUUUCCUGUUGUCAAUAAACUAAGAGCUCAACUUGAGAAAGAUAUCGAAGAGGAGAAAACCCACUACGUCAUUUUGAAUGGCCGCGCGCAGCAGAUUAACCUGGCCGUCGAAGCGAAAUUCAAGAUGGCGCCGAAGCAGGACUACGCGAUUGGCAUCGACUUGGGCACGACUAACUCGUGCGUGGGGAUCGUCAGGAACGGGCGCGUGACUAUCAUCGCCGACGAGCUAGGUAGUAGCCUCACGCCGUCGUUUGUGGCGUUCACUGACGAGGAACGACUUAUUGGGGAGUACGCUAAGGCUCAGCGCACCAUGAAUCCUGCCAACACAGUAUACGAAGUGAAGAGACUCAUCGGACGCAAGUUCGGCGAUGAAGCAGUGCAGAAUAAACUCCCCCACUGGCCAUACCGCGUCGUCGACGACAGCGGCAACCCCAAAAUCUGCGUUCAAUAUCUUAAAGAGGAGAAGUUUUUCGCCCCGGAAGAGAUUUCUGCGAUCGUGCUGUCUAAAAUGAAAGACAUCGCAGAAAUAUUCCUUGGAUGUAAAGUGAGGAAAGCGGUUAUUACUGUACCUGCGUACUUUACAGACUCACAACGACAAGCUACCAUCGAUGCCGGAACCAUUGCGGGUCUCCAGGUACUGAAAAUCAUCAACGAACCAACCGCUGCCGCCCUUGCGUACGGGGAAGACACGAUCGUACCCAAUGAGACCAACAUUCUGAUCUUUGACUUUGGUGGCGGGACUUUCGAUGCAGCGGUUCUGAAAAUGAAGAGAGGAAACUACGAAGUCAAAUCUGUUGAGGGUAAUAGCCAGCUUGGAGGAGGAGACAUAGACUCUCGCGUUGGUGAAUUUUUGAUCGAAAAAUUCAGGGAGAAAACUGGACUGAAUGUAUCAGAUGAUAUAAAAGCAAAAGCAAAAAUUGCCAAACAUGCCGAACAGGCAAAGAUCAGUUUGUCAGUUCGGGAGCAGCACAAAGUUCAUAUCGAGGGCUUAAGUCAAGGGAAAGAUUUCAUCUUCCCUUUAACCCGAGGCAGGUUCGAAUCACUUUGCGCAGAUAUUUUUGCAGAAACUAUGCAGUGUGUGGACAAAGCGAUUAGCAAUGCCGGGCUGACAACCAACGAAAUUCACGAAGUUCUCUUAGUCGGCGGUUCGAGUUGGAUUCCCAAGCUCAAAAAAAUGCUAGAGGGAAAAUUUCCAAACAAGGGAAUCAAAAGGACGAUCAACCCUGCGGAAGCAGUUGCGUAUGGCGCAGCUGUCCAGGCAGCCAUGCUCAACAACGACCGAAGUGUAGAAGACAUUCAGCUGACGGAUGUGACGCCGCUAUCACUUGGUACGGAUAUUAUUGGUGAUAAAAUGAGCACCAUAAUCAUGCGAAAUUCUAAGAUACCAGUCGAAUGCACUAGGAAUUACACGACAACCUCCGAUUAUCAAAAAGCCAUAGCAGUCAAAGUUUAUGAAGGCGAAUUUUCAGUUGCAUCGAUGAACAAUCUGUUGGGAGAGUUCAUUGUUGAAGGCAUCGAAAGGGCCCUGGCUAAGGUACCCUCAAUCGCGGUAACUUUUUCCCUAGACAUGAACGGGAUAUUGAGUGCUACUGGCGUGGACCGGAAGACAGGAGGCAGAGGUCAAGUUACCAUCUCCGUUAAUAAAGGACGUCUCAAAAAGGAGGACAUUGAGAGAAUGAUUAUAGAAAUGAAGGACAUGGAGAUUCAAAGCCGUGCUCUGAUGAAUGCUUAAUUCUGCCCUUUAACUGGUGGCAGAGAUCGCAAAAUAGGAAAGUCUUCAUGAAACACAUAAAUGCACUAUACAUUAAUUCAAUCUUAACCAGUUAUAACCAACAUUGAAUUAGCAUCACAAUGUGGAACAUGCUUUUAUUUUUACUUGCAUUAUUUGUACAUUUAUUUUAUAUUGGUACGAUAAGAAUUGUUCAUAAUUACUUGCUGCUUCAUGCUUUCUAUGUACUGCGCACUUUAUUACAAUUAAUGUUGUUAUUUAUAAUAAUUCGACUAUUACAGCUUGAUCUUUCAAAAAAUCGUUUAAGACUUGAAGGUUAAAUUCUACUGAAUCCUUACUUCGUCCUCCUUAUACAUUCAUGAGAAUUUUUUUAUUUAGGGUAUUUAUGAUGGUGUCACCGGACGUGUGCCGCUACCUUUAAUCUUAUCAGGAUGAUCGAAGCUCCACGGCCAAACGCCGGCAACUAUCUUGUAGAAAGUUCACUUUAUUGCACUGGGAUGUUCAUUCAUUAAAAG